CCUACGUAUCCAUACGUGGGCUCUCGACUCCACGUUUUUUCUCGUAACCAUAUUAACCAAACACACAAACUCAGAACCACCAUGAAACCUUCCGCCACAGCCACAUCCUCCUCCUCCUCCACCGCCACAUUAGAUGUCGUAAAAGCCCCAAACUUCAUCAAAGUUACGGCCAUUACCAUCUUCUCCUUCUCUGUUAUUGCCCUCCUCUACCUCUUCCCAUCCUCCCCCUUCCCCUCCUCUAUCUCCUUCUCUCCCUCCUUCUCCAUCACCUCCCCACAACAAAUAAAAAAUAAAGCGUCCUUGGUUUCACCUCGGCCCAAAAAAUCCCGGCCCCCACCUCCUCCAACGGUGGGGGAGAGGACGGGGAUAGUGGACGAGAACGGUGCAAUGGCGGAGGAUUUUGUAAUCGGGGAGUUUGAUCCGAGUGCAAUGGAUGAAUUUAGAAAUUUAACUGGUGGCAGAGAGGAGACAUCGACGAAAGAAGAUGGUAAACUAACCAGGGUUAAGUAUGAAAGAUUUAGAGUGUGUGAGGAGAGUACGAGAGAUUACAUACCAUGUUUGCAUAAUGUUGAGGAAAUUAAGAGGUUGAAUUUGAGUGGAAGCUUGGUGAUAUAUAAGAGGCAUUGCCCUGAAGAAGGUAAGGGGCUGGAUUGCUUGGUGCCUAUGCCGAAAGGGUAUAAGAGAUCUAUACCUUGGCCUAGGAGUCGAGACGAGGUGUGGUUCAGUAAUCUGCCACAUACACGUCUGGUCGAAGAUAUGGGUGGCCAAAAUUGGAUAGCAUUAAAAAAGGAUAAGUUUGUUUUCCCAGGAGGAGGAACUCAAUUUAUUCACGGAGCAGAUCAAUAUUUAAACCAGAUUUCAGAGAUGGUUCCUGAAAUUGCAUUUGGUCAGCAUACCCGCGUUGCAUUAGACAUUGGUUGUGGAGUGGCAAGUUUUGGUGCCUUUUUGUUACAGCGUAAUGUGACUACCUUGUCAAUAGCACCAAAAGAUGUCCAUGAGAACCAGAUUCAAUUUGCACUGGAGCGUGGUGUUCCUGCAAUGGCAGCUGUAUUUUCAACACGGCGUUUGUUGUACCCAAGCCAAGCAUUUGAUUUGAUACACUGUUCAGAAUGUGGAAUUGAUUGGACUCGUGAUGAUGGAAUUUUGCUUCUUGAGGUGAACAGAAUGCUAAGGGCAGGAGGCUACUUUGUCUGGGCAGCACAGCCUGUAUAUAAACAUGAAGAAAAUCUCCAAGAACAAUGGAAAGAAAUGCAGGACCUAACUAGACGCAUUUGUUGGGAACUUGUAAAGAAGGAAGGAUAUAUUGCCAUUUGGCGGAAACCUUUAAACAACAGCUGCUAUCUUAGUCGUGAUAGUGGGGCACAGCCUCCUCUAUGUGAUUCCAAUGAUGAUCCAGACAGUUUUUGGUAUGUCAGUCUGAGGCCAUGCAUAACUAGAUUGCCUGAGAAUGGUUUUGGAGCUAAUGUCAAUACAUGGCCUAUACGCCUUCAUUAUCCACCAGAUAGACUCCAGAGCAUAAGAAUGGAUGCCACCUUUUCCAGAAAAGAACUUUUCAAGGCAGAGUCAAAAUAUUGGCAUGAGAUUAUAGAAAGUUAUGUCAGAGCUUUCCACUGGAAACAUAUGAAUUUUCGAAAUGUGAUGGACAUGAGAGCGGGAUUUGGAGGGUUUGCAGCAGCAUUACAUGAUCUGGAUGUUGAUUGCUGGGUUAUGAAUGUUGUUCCCGUGAGUGAGUUCAAUACUUUACCUGUGAUUUAUGACCGAGGACUUAUUGGAGUCAUGCAUGACUGGUGCGAGACAUUUGAUACAUAUCCGAGAACUUAUGACCUAUUGCACGCAGCAGGUUUGUUCUCUGCCGAGCAGAAAAGGCACAAAUGCAAAGUCUCAAGUAUCAUGCUUGAGAUGGAUCGAAUGCUAAGGCCUGGUGGAACUGUUUAUAUACGUGACUCAAUAUCUGUUAUGAGCGAGCUUCAGGAGAUAGCAACUGCCACGAGAUGGGUGUGUACACUUCGGGACACGGGGGAAGGUCCCCAUGCGAGCUGGAAAAUUUUAACCUGCGAUAAAAGGAUGCCAUGAGUUUAUCAUAUUGGUUCUCUGAAGAUGGGACUCCUGUCUUAUGGUACAAUUUUUUUUCUUUUUUGACUCUAAUCAUUUUUGUACAUUAGUCACUAUACCUCUAUGAUACAAGCGAGUCCCUAAUUCAAGCGAA